AUGUUAGAUGAGGAAAACAUCCCGGAGUCUCAAAUUUCACGAUUACAGAAGCGUAAAUUGAUUGUGGCACAGUCAAUUACCGUCAAUCAUCCCUUUACAUAUAUUGCUGGAAAGCACGUUCAUCUGUCCGUGUCUCGUCUGGACUUUUUGUUCAAAUCUGAAGCUUUCCGAUAUGCCUCCAACCCUGUUUUCGAUGCGAGUCAUGUUGACGCAGCUCUGAGUAUGGCAUCAGUCUUUCCUCGAUGUGAAGACGAGCCUCUCUUUCUCAACGCUGUUGUCUUUUCAAUAAUAGAGACUAUGAAUAGAGGAACUCUCAAGAUGGAAGGACUAUCAAUUCAAGGGAAAAUCGUCCAAUUGAUGAAUAAGCAACUUAGGUCUCGGCCAGAGACUCUUUCGCCUGGUGUUAUUGGCGCCAUCAUGCUCCUCAAGUCGACUGCCUACAGAACUCGUAACAUUGCUGCGCAUGAUGUUCAUACACGUGGCUUGUCAGAGAUUUUGAAACUAUUUAAAAACAAGGGCCACUGUCUUACGCCCACUGUACUGCGAGCAGCAUUUUGGCUCGACCUCAACGCGACUAUAGUCGUGGGCAGCAAACGACAGAUGUCUCACCUGGACUUGCCACAAAAGAUAAGCUGGCAGCGUGAAGAGCGCCUACAGUUCUGGCAUUUGCUGCCAGUGGGUUUUGCUCGACAUAGCCAUGUGCUGCCUAACGAUCUUAUUGCCUGCAUCGUAGAUAUUGUCGAGCUGCAAGCGACACUGUUUGCAAGAAACUUGCCGCAGACGCCGCAGACAUCUAAGUUUCAUAAGCUAGAUGCUAUGCAGGCGUCUAUCGAGUCUCGCCUGGCAUUCCAAGUCCAAGAAUGUCGACAACAUGGAGUUGUCGCCGAAGCUAUCCGACUUGCAACUGGCUGA